CGGGCAGCGAUUACGAAUCCACCACCCCUCCCCGUUCUCUCUCUUUCAUAAGAGCUGCAGCAGGAGGAGCUGCAGCAGCGAAGGGAGGCGUGCUCCCCAAGCCAUCUCCCCUUCCUCUCCUCCUUCCUAAAACCCCAGAUCUCCUCCCGUUUCCCUUCUCUUCCAUUCCGAUCUCCCUCACCUCUUCCCCUUGGAUCCCCUCUCCUCCGAUCGAUCCAGAUCGGCCCCGUUAUCAUCCGGAUCGAUCAAAUUUCUCCUCUCUCAUUAUCGAGGUCGUUGGAUCGGGUUCAAGGGGACUCAAUUUUACCUGCAUUGCCACUGAGCGCGGAUCUGGGAAUGGGAUUCGAGUAGUUGGGGUGGUCAUGGCAGCGCAAUCUGGGAAUGCUGUGAUUCCCGAGAAGAUGCAGUUUUCAGUCGUUGGCGGAGGUGGCGGCAGCGAGGUGCAGCCGCACCAGCGGCUGUGGUUCCCCGACGAGAGGGAUGGAUUCAUCUCAUGGAUCCGGGCGGAGUUCGCGGCGGCCAAUGCCAUCAUCGACUCGCUGGUCCACCACCUUCGAACCAUCGGCGAGCCUGGGGAGUACGAUGCCGUGGUUGGGUUCAUCCAGCAGCGGCGCUGCAGCUGGAACCCGGUCCUCCACUUGCAGCAAUACUUCUCAGUUGCCGAGGUUGCAUACGCGCUGCAGCAGGUCGCCUGGAGGAAGCAGCAGAGGCAUUUUGAUCAGACGAAGGUGGGGGGAAAGGAAUUCAAGAAGCCUGCUUUUGGUUACAAGCACAAGUUUGAGAGCGCGAGGGAGAACCGCAGCUCCUCAACUUCUUCUGCAGAGGGGAAGGGGGAGGAUAAUUUAAGAAAAGAAGAAGAUGAUGAGCGGAAGGAUGAAGCCCGAAUUCCAGAAGGAAGGAAUUCAGUAGUUGCAGCAGAGGAGGGGGUGGAAAAGAAUUGUAGUUCCAUGACAGAUUGCAGAAAGAAAAACGGAGAAAAUUUGCUUGGGGAUGAGUGUGUUAAGUUAGAGCCUGCACUCUUAAAUGGUUGCAACACUUUGCAGUCAGAAGAGAAUUGCAAUAGUGUGCUUCUCCAAAGCAGAGAAGGUACAAUGCCAAAUCUAGAUGAGAAACACCAACCUCUUGCAAGCCCCAAAGUUUUUGUUAGUAAUGACAUGUAUGAUGGAAAAACGGUCAAUGUUGUUGAAGGACUUAAGCUGUAUGAAGAAUUAUUUAAUACCACGGAUAUUAUGAAACUUGGUUCAUUGGCAAAUGACUUGAGAGCUGCUGGUAAUCAGGGAGAGUUUCAAGGGCAGACAUUUGUGGUCUCAAAGAGACCUGUGAAAGGGCAUGGAAGGGAAAUGAUUCAACUGGGCUUACCCAUUGCUGAAGGACCUCCAGAGGAUGAAAACACAGCUGGGGUGUCUAGAGACCGGAAGGUGGAGGCAGUUCCUAGCUUGCUGCAAGAUAUUCUUGAUCGUGUUGAGCAACUGCAGGUUUUGACUGUCAAACCUGAUUAUUGCAUUAUUGACUUCUUUAAUGAGGGUGAUCAUUCACAGCCUCACAUGCGGCCACCUUGGUAUGGUAGGCCUGUUUGUACUUUAUUUUUGACAGAAUGUGACAUUGUUUUUGGUCGAGUAGUGGGAGGAGAUCGUGGAGAUUACAAAGGUUCUCUGAAGCUUUCUCUCGCCGCAGGAUCUCUUCUGGUGAUGCAAGGCAAAAGCGCAGAUCUAGCCAAGCAUGCCAUCCCCUCCCUUCGCAAGCAGCGUGUCCUUCUAUCAUUUGGAAAGUCACAGCCCAAGAAGACCUUCACAUCUGAAGGUAUGCGCUUCCCUUCCUCUAGCGCACCUCCUCCUUCACAUUGGGUCACAUCAUCAGGUAGGGCCCCAAGCCUUAUCCGUCACCAGGCAGGCCAUAAGCAUUAUGGAGUGACCCCCACUAGUAGUGCGCUGCCAGCCCCAGCCAUCUGUCCUCAACACUUGCCUCCCAAUGGAAUGCAGCCACUCUUUGUUGCCCCUGUUCCAGUUGCUCCAGCAGCUGUCCACUACCCAGCACCUGUCCCACUGCCACCUGCAUCUGCUGGGUGGACUGUGGCUGCAUCUCCAAGGCACCCAUCCCCUCGACUCCUUGCUCCUGGUACUGGAGUCUUUCUUCCCCCACCUGGGUCAGGCCCGCCUCCAUCAUCACAACAGCUGCCAGUAGUACCAAUUCAUGCAGAAACUAGUUCUCCUCUGGCGACUUGUUUGCAACCUGAGAAUGAGAAUGAUGUGGAGAAACCAAACUGUAAUAGCGGUGCUUCUCCAAGGAAUACAGAUGGAGCAGGACCAAGAAUGAAGUGCAAUGGUAGCUCAAGUAUUAGCGCAGGUGUUGGUGGAAGGGUAAGUAAAGAAGAACUUCAGGCUGUUAGUGCCAAGAAGAAGGUAGGGAACAAGCUGAUUGUUAACACCACAAGCUAGAAAGAGGAGCAUUAGAGAGAUGGAAGCGGGAAAGGACAAGCGCCAAAUUGUUUUCAUAGUACUAGCAUGAAAGGAUAAUCUGAGAAACUGCACUGAGAAACUGCUUGAGUUUGGGGCAAAUGUAAAAAGCGGCACACAAGUUGCCGAGCUACCAUUAUUUUUUUUUAACACUUCUAUAAUUAGUAAGGGAUCUUUUUAUUUUUUGGUAGCGUCUCAGGGUGACUGAAAUAUCAGGAACGAUUUUUUUUCUUUACCCUUUCAUUUUUGCUGCAAUUGCUGUCAAACUUGCCGUCUAUUUUCAGGAACUUCACUCAAGAGUAAGAACAGACUUGAUGAAUAUUUUCAGCACUGUACUUUUCCAGCUUCCCA